UACGCGGUAAUGCGACCGCUCCAGAUAUUGGACGUUCACAGAAGAGGAAAGAUAACUCUGAUUUUCGCGUGGGUGGGCGCCACGUUGUGUUCCUUUCCGCAGAUAUUAGUAUUCCAUCUCGAGGUGCGUCCCGGCUACACUUAUGUCACACAGUGUACAACAUUCAACACUUACCCGUCGCACGUGUACGAACUGUUGUACUUUUUGUUCGCAAUAACGGCAGUAUUCUGGUUCCCGUUGUGCAUGAUAUUUUAUACCUAUAUCAGAAUAUUCGUGGAGAUCUCACGCAGAUCCAAAGAAGAUACAAUACGCCGUUCAUCGAUCGACUUCCUAAGUCGAGCGCGAGUGCGCACUUUAAAAAUGACAAUAACCAUUAUCGUGGUUUUCAUCAUCUGCUGGACUCCUCACUCCGUACUAAGCUUCUGGUAUUGCAUUGAUCAAUCGUCAUUCCGGAAAAUCGACCAACGCAUUCUGAAGGCUCUCUUUUUAUUUACGUGCACAAACCCCUGCAUGAAUCCCAUCAUCUACGGCAUCUUCAAUAGACAAGAAAGGAACAAGACAAAUCUUCAAUCCUCUCGCCCUUUGAUGUCCAUCAAUGCAACUGUAGAACUUUUGGUUGCCGCAUACGCCAGAGAUUUCAUCCUCACCGUUUUCUUAAUAGCCUUGCCGGCUCUCUUUAACUCCCCGACUUCAUUUAACAGACGUUCAAUACGCCGAAGUGAGCAGCCACCAUCAAAGCCAGAAUCACGCCGCUGUCCCUCUCGAUCAGACUUCUCUAUUGACGAUGAACCCGACAUUCGCCAAAUCGAACGGAUGCAUUUAGACGAGCGAGCCAGCAUGCAGAUGACGCGACACCUCGUAUAUGCAUCUUUCUCGCGGACAUGAUUCUUCCUUUCCUUAGUGAUAAUUGCGUGAUUACGCAUCAACUAUACGUUACGCCGUAACGAUCGUAUCUUUGCAGAUGCGAGGUACUGCGUUCAUACCGUCCAAAUGAAAUGCAAUGUAGCGCAAUGUGCACAGGGCCAGUCGAAAAGUUCUUAGCUUUGUUCUGACGUACACUCAGUUGCUAUACUAUUCCCCAGAUCGAUAGUCACUAAAAAGUUUUGAUCAGCCGUGUCUAUUUCUAUAGCUGAUCGUUUUUCACGACUGUUGAUUCAUCCUGCAAGUGGGAAUGUGUCAAAAUAGAAGUGACAUUUUGACAGCUUGACGUUUCAUACAUAUUUUUAUCAAAAGUUUAUCCGCUCACAUACAACGCGCAAUCAGUAGAAGAAGAGUAAAAAUAUUAAAAAAAGAUAAGUAAGAAAUUUUUACUUUAUUCGAAUAAAGUAGAAUGUUUAUUAAUAACGAAUAAUUUGAGAGCAAAUCGCGUGAAAAUAUUAAAAACAGAGACCAUUUGUGUCUGUCUGUGUAUAAAUUUAUUAUAAUUUUGUAUAUUAACUUCUUACUUACCUUUUUUAACAUUCUUAUUCUUCUUGUACUGAUUACGCAUUACACGUGAGCGAAUAAAUUUCUGAUAAAAAUACGUACGAAACGUCAAGCUGUCAAAAUGUCACUUCUAUUUUGACACAUUCCCGCUUGCAGGAUGAAUCAACAGUCAUGAAAAACGAUCAGCUAGAAACGGACACUUACUGAUCAAAACUUUUUAGUGACUAUCGAUUUGGAGAAUAGUAUAGCAUCAACGCAGCUAAGUAUAUUAUGUCAGACUAUAUAAAGUUACGAGUUGUGUUAAAAAGCGGCUGUAAUCAAUCGAGCUACGCUGAGAAAAGAAGAUCUCGACGAUUCUUCCGAAAAUUUGCCAUGUUCGGUUGGAAAAACGCAUUUAUGUUAUUUAGUUAAUUAUUCUCUCUCUCUCUCUCUCUCUCUCUCUCUCUCAUCCUUAGACAUAUUUAUUUCAAAUAGCUAAAAAACUGAACUAAUCGAAUUACUUUAUGCGUACGACGCUUUAUGAAUAACAAGCUUGUUACAUACAUAAAUUAGGCUUGGCUGCGCGAUAUAUUCGUAACGUCGUUUAUUUAGGAUAAAUAAUGAAUAAUCAAAGAGGCGUUCGCCGAGUCCCAGUCUUAGCAUCCCGACACGGCUGGAACGCAGUUAACGACAAGGCCAAGAUAACGAUAAGAGUCGAAAUGGGCCCUUUCGUUACGCGCGUUCGCAACGCGUACAGCAACGUGUUACAAUGUAGAUGAGAAGCACGGCACAAUAUAAUCGGUCAAGAGGA